AUGGACAACCGGCUCGACCAGCCGCUCGCACCCGCGGUGGAACGCCACGAGGCGACAGUCAAGAGGUGGGCUGUGCCGACCGUCGCAUCGGCGGCGCACGCAAUCGCAUUUGCUGCGCGGCGGCGAAGGACGGUGAUUGCGCUGCAGACCUGGCUUGACAGCCUCUCCAGCCCUGACGCAGUCGAGCGGGUGGCAGCGAUGAACGCGCGCCUAUCCGACCAGGCAGCCGCGUUCUAUCAGGCCGCUUCGGCGCUGCCCUGCGUACACACCGGAUCGGUGCCUCCUCAGCUCGAUGCCGAUUUGGCGAGGCUGCAGUACGAGCUUGUGCAGCCGCACGGCGAGACGCUCCGAGCUGCAGCCGCCGCUGCGGCGGUGCGUCAGCUCGCCUCGUCGAGCCGGGCGGAGCAGCUCGCGCCCGUCCUCUCUAUCGCCGACCAGUCGCUGCUCGGAGGUGCGACGGCCGAGCUGCACGCGUUUGCGGACUUUGACCUCUCCAUUGGCGUGGUCGCCGAGUCGUGCACCCUCCGCAUCGACCUCGGCCGAGCAAACCCGCGCGUUGAUGCGGAGGCGAGCUUCGCCUUCACCACGCUGAGCGGAGACGAUCAGAGGCCGCUGGUCCUCGCCACCGCGCGGGCGAGCGUUGUGGCGUGGCCCUCGCUCCGAGCACUGGAGCAGACGCUGCAGCCGCCCCGAAUGUGCGCCGUCACGCUGGCCGAGCUCGAGAGGGCGGCCGCCGCCGUCGCCGCGCGCGCCAGCUUCAUCUCUGACGCCGCCGCCGCCGAGGAGCGCCGCGUGAGACGCUCGCUCCGGAUCGCAAUCUUGGUGCUGGCGCCGCUGCUGCUCGCCUUCCUGCCCGCUUACAUCCUCGCGUACGUGCUCGUGGCGCUGAGAAACCAUUGCGUUGGUGCCGGGUGA